AUGACCGCAGACGUGGACUCAGAUGUUGUGCGAUCUAGAAUUGAAGAUUUAUGUCCUACACUCGAUCAGAUCCAGGACAACACUCGAUCAGCUUCAAUCAGCAUUGGCGUCCUUCAUCACGGAGAAGUAAUCUUCACUCGCAGCCGCGGGUUUCGCGACGUGGAGUCACAAGCGCCCGCUGAUUCUGGGACGAAUUACCUGCUAUGUUCACUUACGAAAGCUUUCACCGCUGCCUGUUGCGGCAUCCUUGUUGAUGAAGGAAAGUUAGAGUGGACAAAGCUGUUAGAGAGUUAUGUCCCUUUCCGCAGUGUUGUGGAUCCUGUUAUCGGUGAAAGAGCGACUGUUCAAGAUGCGCUCUCGCAUAAUACUGGGCUAGCGCAUAUGGAUCUUACAUGGCUGGGGGUAGAAUGUGACUGCAUCCUUGACAAAAAAGACUUGCUCGAGGUUGUAAGCCAUCUACCUCUGGUUCAUGACCUACGAAGCGGGUUUCAUUACAACAACUUCAUGUACGCCGUGUCUGGCUUAGUCAUUGAGCAACAGUCAGGUCGGCCGUGGUACGAGCUUCUUAAGGAGAGAAUCUUAGAGCCCAUCGCAAUGCAUCGAACUGUGACAAAUCGAACAAAGCUACCGGAUGGCAAUGUCACAAAGCCUCACGUUGUCCUUGAUGACUACUCGCUACACAGACAAAAGCCAGUUGACACAGCCGCGGAUAAUACUCUCAUGGGACCGGCUGGAGGUGUCUGGUCUAACGUAUCAGAUAUGAUGAAAUGGGCCAAAGCUCUCCUCGACGCGAUGCACCACGAGCCUUCUGUACUCAAAGAGAUACCGACCAUUGUAUCACACAAAACCAACAUCACGAUAUCCUCUAUCAGCGAGAAUACAUACGGCCUUGGGUUUGCUCGGGCCAUGAUUCUAUCAACAGAGCUAGGAAUGCUUUCUCUCAAUGGCCCACAGCAAGAACACGUAAUUGGUCGAAAGUCAAGGCCUAGACUUGUUCUAGACAAAUUCGGCCAUAGUGGCACUGGGGAAUUCUCAUGGCUUGGGAGAUGGACCGGAUUGGUCUGCGCAAGCUAUUGCGCAGGCUAUGUUGACUUUCAGCCGCCGAUCCACUUCGCUGAGGUGUCAAAGCAGAGAGCUAAGACAGAGUAUGAGAGAUAUGCCCGCCUAGCAGCAGACUUUGAUUAUCUUCGGAAUCAGGAGAGAAGCAAAGAAAAGCGGUGUAAUGUUGAUCUCGAUGAUUAUGCGGGCAACUUGAUCAUGGCUGUCAACAAUAUCUCAUCACAACACCAUCUUUUGACUCACUUUUCUGGAGACAACCUAGGAUUUCUGCCCUCUUCACGGGAAGAAUUUGUCGUUCGGGAAUUCAUUGAUUGGUUCAAAUGGGAUCAGUUCAUUCUCAGCUUUCAUCGUCAUGAAGAGUUGGGGACGGUGAACGGAGUUAAUUGGGGUUUGCAAGUUGGUGUUAUGCCAGUGUACUUUGAGAGGAUAUCCUAG